AUGACGACUUCCUCCAUCUCAACCAGUCUCAAACAACCUCUCGUCUUCUUCUUCUUCUCCCUUCUCAUCAAAACUUCCCUCUCCAGCUCUCCUCCACUUUCCCCUCUUCACUCUCUAACCACUAAUCCUAACUCUUCGUCCCCCACCGCCGCCGACCGCCUCAUCCCAUCUUCGACCACCAUCGAAUAUCGACAAAUGGAAGCCAAUGCUACAAAAGCUCUCAGCGGCCAAUCGGCUUCCUACCACACUUGUAGACAGUGCAAAUGCUGCGAAAUAGAUGACCCCAAGCAUUGCUAUAUCUUACAGUGCUGUUAUGAAGUAGCCUGCAAUUCGCCAAAUGAUCCGCCCGACAUGUGCUCGGUCAAGCCUAUUUCUUGCAACUGUAACUCCUGUCACUGA